UUGGAUGAAGAAGACCAGGCGUUCAUUCUCCAGGGUAUGGAAGCUUGCGUAUCUGAAUUUAUAAUCGAGCCCUUAGGUGCAACAGAUUCCACCCCAGAUCCAGAUUCAACUCCUGGUCCUUCAUCAUCUCCUGAUUCGCCAUUGAGUGGUGCAGCACUGGACUUCAAGUUGAAGACGAACACUUAUCAGCCUUACCUAUUUUCUGAGACUGGUUAUUAUGACUUUGACCUUCAAGAAAUGACAGCUUUUAUCGGUAUGAAUUAUGUUAUGGGUGAUCACGUGUUACCUACUCUCAGAAAUUACUGGUCUACUGAACCUGAUAUGGGUGUGCCUUAUUUAGCCACAGUUAUGCCUUUAUCGAAAUUCGAAGAAAUAAGAAAUUUACAUUCUUGCAAUAACUCGGAGCAACCACCACCUAUAACGCCAUAUUUCGAUAGAGCUUAUAAAAUUCGAGGAGUGAUGAAUCACUUUAAUUCGUCUUUUCAAUCAGCCAUGAAUAAUACCAUUACCCAGUCCAUAGAUGAACACAUGGUGAAGUUCAAAGGGCAUAACGUCAUGAAGCAAUACAUGCAAAAUAAACCUGUGAAGAGAGGUUUCAAAAUGUGGUGCCGCGCCGAUUCUAAAACAGGAUAUUUAUUCCACUUCGACUUAUACACGGGUAAAAAAAGAUCGGGACCAGAAAUAGGACUAGGAGAGACUGUCGUACUCACCAAUUUCAUGUCGCCAGUACUCACAAGUCGAAACGUAAACAAGUAG